AUGCUGAAAUUAAUCAUUAUAGGUGUCUUUGUGGUCGCAGCAUCUCUAUCUCUUCCGACCGAGUAUCCGGAUCCGCAAGACUUGGCAUUGUAUUUGAAUGAAGAACAAUUCGAGGACUAUUUAGAUAAAUGGCUCGCAGUUGAACAAGAGAAAUGGAUUUCAAAUAUCACAGUUAGAUCCGCGUCUGCGCGAAGUGGUUGCAGCCUUCGUGUAAAUGGAGAUUUCAGUGAGCCCCAACCGGUAUUUAUUCGUCAGAGCUCUAACAGUUAUCUGUUCCCCCGCGACAAUUCUGGUACUGUACGUCUCGAUUCAGGUGAACGAGUGACUGUUGCUUGUCCUGGACGCAAUAUUAGACACCCGAAUGCUGCCUCCAGCGUGGCCACAGCCACCGUAGCAUGUGCAGGCGGACAGCAAAUUUCUGGGCCUGGAUUACUUAGGAGCAACGGUGCUUUUGCUCAACUGACAUGCAGUGGUCACGCGAAUCAUGUGGCUGAAGAGACAAGAGAGCGUUGCUACAACAAUAAUGUGGUUAUCAGGGUUGGAUUUGUAGUAUACGACGUUUUCUAUCCAGUCUACCAUUCGUGCUAUGACAAGAACCGGUUCGAAGUUUUGUACGUGUGGGCGCCCAUGGACGCGUCUAACACUGUACAGCAAACGGGCGUAGACAGACCUGGUUGGAUCGCGGGCAACUUCUAUCCGGGAGUGCAAGCAAAUUCCCUUUACACGCAAGUGCAACAAAAACAAGCGAUAGCAAGAGUUGUCGGUGACAGAUUGGCGAACCAAUAUGUGACUAGUAAUCAGUUCCUAGCGCGAGGGCAUCUCACUGCCAAGAGUGACCAAAUUUUUGCUACGGGACAACGUUCGACGUUUUACUUCAUCAACGCUGUUCCACAGUGGCAACCGUUUAAUGGUGGGAACUGGAAUUCAUUGGAACAGAAUCUGCGAAGGCGUAUUGGAACAGCCGGUUACAAAUGUGUGGUUUACACAGGGUCUUUCGGAGUGACCCAGCUGCGGAAUGAAAACGGGCAAUUUGUCGAUAUCUUCCUGGACAAUACAAAUGGAAGACGAAGACUUCCUGUGCCACUUUACAUGUAUAAGGUAGCCUAUGACGCAAGCAGGCGUGUAGGUACUGCUUUUAUAAGCAUCAAUAAUCCACACUACACGGCAGCUGAAGCCCGAUCUCUACAAUUCUGUACCGAUAGAUGUCGCAACAACAAUGCCUUUAGCUGGCUCAGAUGGCAGCCGGACCGCGUCGAUCUUGGUUACAGCUUCUGCUGCACAAUCAGCGACUUUAGACGGAGAAUACCUCAUCUUCCCUCGUUCACUGUCAACGGACUUCUGACGUAA